AUGUCUGCGCCAGGCUACUGGUGCGGACUCGACCGGCAUCGCCUGCUACUUCGCGCCUUGCCUCGAUCGGCGUCGCCUCGAUCGACGUCACUGCUCGCUGCUCUCUCCCUCGCGGUGUGCGUCUCGUCUCCCACCGGCGUCCGGUCGUCGAUCGCGCCUACGCAGACACCUGAGCUCGAAUGGCACGGCGCCGCCUCUCACGCUGCGCGACUCCACCAUGACGCAGUCCCCUCACGCUCACGCUAUGUACAAAAUAACUUGAAUGCUCACUUGCGCUGCACGCGCAUCGCGGCCAAGCAUGGUUCGUCUCAGGCUGCACAGAAGCUGCGGGCGGCAAGAUAUUCACCUUUGGCUCCUACCGACUACGCGUAUGGUGCGCCGCGCCAUGUCCUCCGCGCCCGCGCCCGCUCCUCGCCCGCUGACCUCGCGCGUGCGCCUCUCCCCGUCCUCUCUUCGUUCCCGCACCCUCGCGCACGCACGUGCGGCGCCACUCGCAGGCGUACGCCUUGCGCGACCAGGUCGCAGAGCCCGUCGAGCUCCCCGGCAACUGGUGCGUCCCGCCCUCUUGCACGCGGCCGAGGCCUGCGCGGGGCCGAGGACGUAGCCGCGCUGACGCCGGGCGGGGAACACGUAGCUGGACGACCUGCCGCCGAUGCUGUUGAUCAAGUCGGCCCCGGACUCGCACGGCUAGGUGAGCGCACGUUGUGGUUCUCGGCGCGCGCAAAGGGUGGCGUGCCGGUGCGAUCUCUCAACGCUCGCGCUCCCGCCGCCCGCCUUCACGCGAGCGAACGCAUGUCAGGCUUGCAAUGUCCCCCUCACUCCGAGCUCGUGCAGCCGCGCCUGCGCCCUCCCACAGUCUUCUCCAGUCAGGUCAGUCUGCAGCCCACACCCCACACACGCCCGCAUCCGCAUCUCCUCAGCACGCAUGCCCUUCACCGCGACAUCUUCACUGCUCGCUCGCGGUGUAUUAUUUCUCUCCCGCUGCGUCUCGUCUCAUGA